AUAUCUCGGCACGGGCCCGCGAAAAGCCGUCCGUACCGAGCCGGCACCGCAGUUACGAGCGGACCUCUGAACGGAGCGGAACUAGCAAGUCCGCGAAACAUCCCCCCAGCACGAGAUGGGCCUGCCGCGAAUCAGAAGUCUAGUGGCACCGUUGUGCUUCCUACUGUUGGCCAGCAGCUGGCUAGUGAGCGAUGUAGACUGUGCGAAGAAGGCGGCAGCGAGUGCGCCGGCCGCGGCCCCCGAGGCCACGAUCGAGGAAGUUUCGGCGAAGCAGCUGGAGCGGUUACUAGAGGAUAAGGAUUACGUUGCGGUGUACUGGUAUGCCCGUAGCUGUACAACCUGUGACACAGUAUUAGCAGAGCUAGAGCACAUCGACGAUGAUACCGAUUCGUUCGGUGUCGACUUUGUGAAAAUCAACGACAAACGACUCGCAAAACAGUAUGGCAUCACCAAGUUCCCGGCCCUCACCUACUUCAGGGAGAAGGAACCGAUCAUCUACGAGGGCGACCUCAUGGAUGAGGCCGGUGUGCUCGACUUCCUCACCUCCCUGGAAGCGAUGGAUCUGCCCGACCGGAUCGAGGAAGUGAACGCCAAGAUUCUGUCGAAGAUCAUCGAAGACUCCGACUACGUUGCGGUGCUGUUCUGCACUGAUCACGAAAACUGCCCACCCGGAAACAACAACAAGCCGGAAUGCAAGAAGUGCAUCAAGGCGCUGCAGGAGCUGGAAAACAUCGACGACGAGGCGGACCAGCUGGACAUUGGAUUCGUGAAGAUUCACGACGAAGAUCUGGCCGAGGAGUACAACCUAGGCCCACUGCCAAAGCUGGUCUACUAUCGCCACCAGACUCCGAUCGUGUACGAGCACGAGCUGCAGCGUGAGGAGGACGUGCUGGAAUGGCUGGUCGAGAACAAGGCCACCGGUGACGAUGAUGAUGUCAUCGAGGAGGUCAACGCCAAGACGCUCAAGACUCUGAUCCAGAACAUCGACAAUCUGGUCGUGCUGUUCUUCGACGAUGAAGAUGAAGAUUCGGAAGCGGUGCUGGCAGAGUUGGAAAACAUCGACGAUGACUGCGCCAAGCACGGUAUCCAGUUUGUCCGGAUCGACGACCCGAAGGUCUCGAAGGAAUACGGCAUCGAUGAGGUCCCAGCGAUCGUAUACUUUGAGAAGCAGAUCCCCAACGUCUACGAUGACGAUCUGACCGAUGAGGAGGAGAUCCUGGAAUGGUUGCUCUCGCAGCUGGAGAAGGACGAGAUCGAGGAUGUUACCGACGAGAUGCUGGACAAGCUGAUCAAGGAAGGCAAAUCGAUCGCCGUUCUGUUCUAUGACAACAAUGACAAGAAAUCGGAAAAGGUGUUGAACGAGCUUGAAAACAUCGACGAUGAGUGCGAUCAGCUCGGCAUUAACUUUGUCAAGAUGGAUGACGUCGAAGAGGCGAAGGACUACGGUGUCACCAAGUUCCCGAAGCUGGUCUACUUCGAGCAGGGCAUCCCGACCGUGUACGAGGGUAGCCUCGAGCAGGAAGAGGACGUGCUGGAGUGGCUGGAGCGUCAGACUAGCAGCGACGAAAUUGAGGACGUUACGGAUGAAAUGCUGGACAUGAUCGUGGAGAAGAUGCAGCAUGUUGCUGUGCUGUUCUACGACAAGGACUCGAAGACGUCCCAGAAGGUGCUGGCUGAGCUGGAGAACAUUGAUGACGAGUGCGAUCAGAAUGAUAUUGCCUUCGUCAAGAUCGAUGACGACAAUGAGGCCAAGGAGUGGGGCAUUGAGGAACUGCCUACUAUGAUUCUGUUUGAGCGCGGCAUUCCGCACAUCUACGAAGGUGAUCUGCUGAAGGAGGAAGAGCUGCUCGGCUGGCUGGUGCAUCAGAAGCGUCACUCCGAAAUUCCUGAAAUCACCGACGAGAUGAAGGACAAGCUGAUGCAGAUGUACGAUCACGUUGCUAUCAUCUUCUACGACAAAGACGACAAGCAGGACAUCCGCGUGCUGAACGAGCUGGAAAACAUUGACGAUGAGCUGGAAAAGGAAGAGAUUGUCAUUGCCCGUCUCGACAACGCCGAGGAAGCGCGCGAGUACGGUCUCGACCAUCUGCCCGCCCUGGUGUACUUCGAGAACGAAAUCCCGGCCAUCUACGAGGGUGAUCUGAUGAACGAGGAGGAAGUGCUCGAAUGGCUCAAGCUGCAGAAGUACUCGGCCACCAUCGAGGAGGUGACGGACGAGAUUCUGCAGGAUCUGAUCGACGAUCACGAGUACGUGUGCGUGUACUUUAGCGGCGCGUGCGAGGAGGGUGAAAAGUGCGACAAGAUUCUGGACGAUCUCGAAAACAUCGACGAUGAGCUGGAUGAGGCCGGCAUCAUCUUUGUUACCACCGAAGAUAUGGUCACUGCCAAGAAGUACAACAUCAAGAACCUGCCAUCGCUGGUGUUCUUCCGCAACAAGGAUCCGCUGAUCUACUCGGGCGAUCUGAACGACGAGGAUGAGGUUCUGGCCUGGCUGACCGAUGAGGAAACGCUCGAAAUUCCCGGCAAGAUUGAGGAAGUGAACAUCAAGAUGCUGGAGAAGAUCCUGUCCGAAAACGAGCACAUUGUUGUGUUCUUCUAUCAUGACGAUGACAAGAAGGCCCAGAAGAUCAUUGCCGAGCUGGAAAACAUCGACGACGAGUGCGAGGAGAAGGACAUCGAUUUCGUCAAGACGUCCGACGAAGACAUCGACAAGGAGUACGAUCUCGAAACGCUGCCCGCCCUGGUGUUCUAUCGCAACAAGUUCCGCACGAUCUACACCGGCGACAUGAUGAAGGAGGAGGAGAUCCUUGAAUGGGUGCUGGAGCAGUACAACACCAAGCCCGAGAUCAUCGAAUCGGUUGACCGCAAAACGCUGCAAGUGUUGGUAAACGAGGUUGAACAUCUGGCUGUACUGUUCUACGAUGACGACUGCGAAACCUGCCCCAAAAUUCUCGAGAAGCUGGAAACCAUCGAUGACGACACGGACAAGCACCACAUCCAGUUUGUGAAGGCUAACGAUGAGAAGCUGGCCCACGAGAUCGGAAUCUUCUCGUUCCCGGCCCUGGUAUAUUACGAAACCGGUGUCCCGAUUAUGUAUGAUGGUAAUCUCAAGAACGAAAAACGCAUCUUGCAGUGGCUAAUUGAUCACAAAAACAAUAAGCUACCGAAGCCGAAACUUCGCAAACGCUACACCGACGGUGUGGAAGAUCUCGAUCGCGAGGAUCGUAUCGAUAAGAAGCGCUCCGGUGGCAAGAAGCUGAAGCCCAUUCCGAGGCUGGAUGCGGUAGAGCAGCCGAAGGCGCCCGGUGCAGGUGCAGGCACCUCCGGCAAGGACUCCGGCAAGAGCAAGACGACCAAGUCCGCUCCGGCCCCGGCGCCGCCGGCUAGCAAGUCUGGCAAGAGUGACACCGGCAAGGCUGCCCCGUCACCCUCCAAGGGAUCCAACGUUGCGAAAAAGACUACCCGUGAUGUCGAUGAUGACGAAGGUGACCUGCUGAACGAAUACGACGUGCUGGAUUGGAUGCACGGACAGAAGACGGACGAAAGCAUCCAGGAGGUGGAACGAGACGAACUGUUGAGCCUGAUCGAUAGCCAAGACUUCCUCGGAGUUGUAUUCUAUGUCGAGGAUGAUCCCAACACGCCCAAGAUUCUGCGCCACAUUGAGCUGAUCGAUGACGAGGCGGCCGACUAUGGCAUCCUGCUGGUGAAGUGCAGCGAUCGUCUGAUGGCGAAGAAGUUUGGCUUCCGCAACCCGCCCGGUGUGACCUACUUCCGGAAGGGAAAAUCGAUCAACUACGACGGUGACAUCGACGACGAGGAGGAACUGCUCGACUGGCUGACCGAUCCGCACAACAUGGAGAUGACCGACCACAUCGAGAAGGUUAACCGAAAAAUGUUCCAGAAGAUUCGCCAAGCAUCGGACUAUUUAGCUGUGUUCUUCUAUAGCGACGAUUGCAAGCAGUGUCCACGCGUGCUGGCCGAGAUCGAACACAUCGAUGACGAGGCGGACGGUGCCGGCAUUAACUUUGUCAAGAUCGACGACAAGCAAAUGGCAAAGGAGCUCGGUGUGUACGCGCUGCCCGGUAUCGUUUUCUUCAAGCUGUCAUCAAAGGAACCUGUCAUCUACGCAGGCGAUCUUAACGAUGAAGAUGAAAUCUUGAACUGGCUAAUGACACAGAAGAACCCCGGCGGUGACGUCAUCGAGGAUUUGGAUGGACCGAAACUGCUUGCUCUCAUCGAAGAUUCCAACGCACUGGCAGUGUACUUCUGGAACAAAACGACCUGUGAGGCUUGCUUCACGAAGGGCGCCAAAAAGCAGCGCAAGGCGAAGGAGCGCAAGGGGCUGCUCGAUGCGGCGAGCUCCGCGGAGGUAGUGGACGACGGAGAGGAUACCGAGGGUGAUGCUCCAACGACCCCGCCACCAACACCGCCACCGGCGGCUGCACCGUCAUCCGUGGAGGACACGGACGAGUGUGAGCAGUGUUCGGGUGUGCUGGAAUCGCUGGAAAACAUCGACGACGACUGUGACCGACAUGGCAUCAUGUUCGUCAAGACGGACGAUCUCUCGAUCGCGGAACAGUACGGCAUCUCCGAGUACCCGGUGCUGGUGUACUUCGAGGACAACGUGCCGAAUGUGUUUGAAGGUUCCUUGGAUGAGGAGGAAGAAGUCCUGCAAUGGUUGAUCACGCAAAAGACCGAAGAUCGCAUCGAACUGAUCACGCGCGUCAUGCUGGAAUCGAUGGUGGACGAAACGCAGUACCUGGCCGUGUACUUCUACAAAUUCAAAUCACCCUCGUACUGCCGAAGUUUUUGUUCCGCGGAAAACAUCCGCAAGCGAAAGGAAUUUGCACGGGAAGGAAUUUCAGACAAGAUCAAUUGCAACAUUUGCGAUCAGAUCCUGGAGGGUUUGGAGGUGAUCGACGACGAGCUGGACGUGUUCGGUAUACACAUGGUAAAGAUUCAGGAUCCACAGCUGGCGAAGCGCUACUCCAUCAAGACAUUCCCGGCGCUGGUGUACUUCAGAAACGGUAACCCACUGAUCUACGAGGGUGAUCUUCAGAACGAGCAGUCCGUGCUGGAGUGGCUGGUGGACGAUGACAACCGUGAGCUGGCGGACGAGAUCGAGGAAGUUAACGAGCGUAUGCUGGAUCGGUUGAUGGAACAGUCGCCACUGCUGUGUGUGUUCUACUACGAUGAAGACUGUGCCGAGUGUGACGACAUCCUGGAGGAGCUGGAGCUGAUCGACGGCGAGGUGGACCUGUACGGUAUCGACUUUGUCAAGGUGGCCAGCCUGGAUGCGGCACACAAGUAUGGCGUCACGACGAUCCCGUCCCUGGUGUACUACCGCAAGCAGAUCCCGAUGCUGUACGACGGUGACAUGCACGAUCACGAGCGUGUCAUGAACUGGCUCACGUCGCAGGACGUGUUCGAGAUCAAGAACGAAAUCGAGGAGGUGAAUCGCAAGAUGCUGAACAAGCUGCUGGACGAGAACGAAUUCUUGGCCGUCUAUUUCUUCGAGGAAGAUCACGAGGAGAGCGAGGCCGUGCUGGAAAGGCUCGAGCUGAUCGACAGCGAAACGGACAACCUGGACAUCACCUUCGUCAAGAUGGGCGAUCCGCGGUACGCGCGCAAGUGGGGCGUCACCAAGCUGCCCGCGAUCGUGUACUUCCGCAAGCGCUUCCCCAGCAUCUACCGGGGCGACAUGUACGACGAGCAGGACGUGCUCGAGUGGCUGCGCAAGAACCGAUUCCGCCAGCCGGAGCUGAACAUCUUCAUGUACGCACUGAUCGCGCUCGGACUCGGGUUCGUCAUCUACACUGCAUUUUUGCUACAGUGCUUCAAGCCUGCCCCGCCCGCACCGGUACCGCAUCCGAAGCAAAACUAAUGCUAGGCGAACCGGCCGGGCGCACUCUCUCUUUAGGGUACAUAUUCUUCCAGUGUAAGCGUUAGACAGACAGAGCAAAAAAAUGCAGCCGAACAAUCAAGUGCAGCUACGAUCGUUAGUUGAUCGUGCUCGAUAGAGUGUGGACAAAAGUGGCGGGGCGAAGAAGGGCGGCAGUGUGGGAUCCAUAUUCGAAGAGGCGGACAUUUGUUGGGUCGAUCUUUUCCCGUUUUUUUGUUUCUGUGUAUCCUUCCCUCUCUCACCAACCUCCGCCGUUCCAAUGAUCCACAGAACAACUGCCCCGGAAAAGCGGACACCGAACUAAGCAAGAAGCGAAGAUGAGAUAAAAUGGUUUAAUUUUGUUAUGGUAAAACAAAGCAACGUAUGCAAACUGUGGAGAGGAGCUGAAGCAGCAGAACAAGAGAAGAAGAAGAAACAAAACAGACCAAAGAUGAGCAAUAAACAAAUUGAUCGAUAAA